AUGGCGUCCAACGGUACCAAUGGAACUAACGGCCACAAUGGCGUCAGUUCCUACCAUGCCUCCACUACUCAAGAGGCUAUCCAGGCUGAGAAAGACUUCGCUGCCCACAACUACCACCCACUUCCCAUCGUCUUCGCUCGUGCCCAGGGCACCACAGUCUGGGACCCCGAGGGUCGUCAAUACCUCGAUUUCCUGUCUGCGUACUCCGCUGUCAACCAGGGUCACUGCCACCCCAAGCUGGUGGCGGCUCUAGUCGAUCAGGCCUCCCGUUUGACUCUCAGUUCCCGUGCCUUUUACAACGAUGUCUUCCCCCGGUUUGCCGAGUUCGUGACCAAGUACUUUGGCUUCGACAUGGUCCUGCCCAUGAACACCGGUGCGGAGGCGGUCGAGACCGGUAUCAAGAUCGCCCGCAAGUGGGGUUAUAAGGUCAAGGGCAUUCCUGAGAACCAGGCGGUGGUCCUGAGUGCGGAGAACAACUUCCACGGACGCACAUUCGCUGCUAUCUCCUUAUCUUCUGACCCCGAGUCGCGCGAGAACUAUGGCCCUUACCUGCCCGGUAUCGGCUGCACCAUUCCCGGAACGGACAAGCCUAUCGCCUACAACGAUAAGGCCGCCUUGCGGGAGGCCUUCGAGAAGGCGGGUCCCAACCUCGCCGCCUUCUUGGUGGAGCCCAUUCAGGGCGAGGCUGGAAUUGUUGUCCCCGACGAGGAUUACCUGCAGGAGGCCAGAGCCCUGUGCGACAAGCACAACGUUUUGUUGAUCUGCGAUGAAAUCCAGACGGGUAUUGCUCGUACUGGCAAGCUGCUCUGCCACGAGUGGAGCGGCAUCAAGCCUGACAUGGUGCUGCUGGGCAAGGCCAUCUCCGGUGGCAUGUACCCCGUGUCCUGCGUGCUGGGCCGCAAGGAUGUGAUGCUCACUAUCGAGCCGGGCACCCACGGUUCGACCUAUGGAGGUAACCCGCUGGCCUGCGCGGUCGCUAUCAGAGCCCUGGAGGUCGUCCAGGAGGAGAACAUGGUCGAGCGCGCCGAGAAGCUCGGUCAGGUCUUCCGCGACGGUCUGCAGGCCAUUAAGAGCCCCAUCAUCCAGACGGUGCGCGGCAAGGGUCUGCUCAAUGCUAUUGUCAUUGAUGAGUCCAAGACCAACGGCCACUCUGCGUGGGACCUCUGCAUGCUGCUCAAAACGAAGGGGUUGCUGGCUAAGCCGACUCACGAAAACAUCAUCCGUCUGGCACCACCCUUGGUGAUCACCGAUGAGGAGGUCCAGAAGGCCUUGGACAUCAUCAAGGAAGCCGUCAACGAGCUCCCCACGCUCACCGGCGCGGCUGAGGAUGAGGUCAUUCCCCCUCCGGAGAAGAAGGUCAAGGUUAGCCUCGAGAACUAG